GAAUGGACGAAAGAGUAUCCGGACCGCUGGAAGAUCGGAGGAGAGUUGACAUUCGAUGCUGAAAGUGAGUCGGCCCCCAGACCAUGCAAGGCGACGUUCAAAGAUGGCAGCGGCACUGCAUGGCUCCUUUGGUGUGACGUCGCACUGCCCGGGACCACUGGGGACAGCAGCACUUGGAAAGCCAGCUCCGUGACCAUCUGUGGCUUGGAUGGCGAGACGCUCGGAACGUAUGAGAUCAACGCCGGCACCGUGGCGGACUUCUGCACCAAGUUGGCCAAGGACAUCACUGUGCCAGACGGCUGCUUCCUGGAGCUCUCCUACAAAGAGAAGAAGCUCGAUCCAGAGCUCUCUUUGGAGGGCCAAGGCGUCGGAGAUGGUGCCACGUUGACAUUGCUGAAAACGAAAGGUCGCUCCGUGGUGGGAUGUCGCACAUUCAACAUGAAAGACUACCCAGAAGACCGGUACUGUGAGUGGGAGGAGAUCGAGUUCAAGGAG